UGAGAAGAUAGUCCCGCAUCAACUGAAGCCAACUUCCGGUGUGCUCCACUUCCGAAACAUUCAGUUACUAAGCAACAUUAUCGAUGUCGUUUCCAUAUGCUUCUGCUACAGCCACGACUAAUGUCAUGUUUACGGACGAAAAUUUAGACCAAGUGAAUCUGGACAGCACAUGGAGUCAAGACAGGGACUGUGUCGAAGCUGGGAACCAGACGAAACCAUUGUCCGUUAAAGACAGUGCAGCACAGUCGAAUUCGAAAGUUGAAAGUGGGAGUCAGACCACAAAAAACACAGCGGCACCGAUGGUAAUUAUGAAAGAUGAUUCUCCUCAGUUGGCAGCAUUCCUCAAGAAGAUGGAACCACUUGUGUACAAAGAAUUGGAGAAAAAUGCCAAAAGCCAAGCAUUUCAAGGUUACCAAGUCAAUUGGCAAGACGAGUCGCCAUCAGUCAAUGAGCAGCAUGUUUUCACCCAUGAUGCAUUUAGGGGCCAGUGCCAGGUGACUGGUUUGUCCUGGAAUUCUUCUGGUUCCGUCAUUGCAGCAUCGUAUGGUCGGUUUGACCAUGACAGUUGGUGUACGCACAAGGCUGCCCUCUGCACUUGGAAUAUAGACAGUCAAACCUUGGACCCGAGAAAAGCCAGCAAAGUCAUUGAGCUAUCAUGUUGUUUGAUGUGUGUUGCCUUCCACCCAGCCAACCCAGCUCUUGUGUGUGCAGGAAACUUCAACGGUGAAAUCAUGCUAUGGGAUUUUAGCCAUGACAAUGUAUUACUUGUGGAUAGUUAUGGUAUGGGAGAUGGAGAUGCACACAGGGAGCCUGUUGCUAAGCUACAAUGGGUCCUAGACCCUGAAAGUCACUCUAAAACAUACAAGCUUGUCAGUGUGAGUGGAGAUGGCAAACUUCUGGUUUGGACAGUAGACAUGAAGUUAAACAAACUGACCCUUACCCAACAGUUUGCUGUCACAUCACAGAGCCUUCCUAAAUCUUUACGGGGCAAAGGUAGUCGAUCUGACCGGGAAGUUGGCCUUACCUGUUUAUCAUCUACUCACUAUGGUGACCACGUCUGUUUCAUCGGUUCAGAGACUGGUGCCAUUUUCAAGUGCUGCACUCAACAAGAUGGACAUCGAGGAGUCGACAUGGACGGCAAACCAAUGUUGCCAUCACCUGUUGUGUUUACUUAUAAACCUCACCUGGGCCCCGUUAAUGCAAUAGACUGCUCCCCUUUUCAUCCACAUGCCUUCCUUACCACUGGAAUGGAUCAGUCCAUGAAGAUAUGGAAUGCUCUGCAAUUGGAACCUGUCAAAGUGUUGAAACCUGAUCAGGGUUCUCUUGUUUGUGGGUCCUGGUCCCCUGUUCGACCUCUUGUCAUUGCUGCUGCUACAGAUACGGGAUUGCUGCUCUUGUAUGACUUACAACACAGUAUGCUGAAACCUCUGCACACUUUGGAAGCUGGCACCCACAAGGCUCCCAUCUAUUCCUGUUCUUUCAAUACUCAACGGUAAGUGUAA